ACACACACACACACAUCCUGCGUUCUGAAGCAUCCCCUUCGUCUUCUUCUUCUCUCUCUCUCUCUCUCCUCCCGACUUCUUCCUCACCAGGCAUCGAACAAUACCUCCGACCUCCGCGUCAUCACCCUCUGAAUCUCUUCAUUUCGCAAUGCCAUUAUCAACGGCGAUCGAUUGACUCUCUCCUCAAAUUACACAGAGAGAAACUCGCGGAGAGAGAGAGAGGUCGCUUCGUGCGUGGUUUAUAAAUGGGGGCCGUGCCAUCGACGCCGCGGUGGGGCAGCGGCGGUGCCGCCGCGUGGCCGCCGGACACGGCGGAGUACCUGAUCGGGACGUUCGUCGGCGAGAAAUCGUUCCCUCUCGGCUCCGACUACUGGCAGAAACUGCUCGAGCUUCCUCUUAGCCUGCACUGGCCGUCGCAGCGCGUUGAUCACGCUUGCCAGGUCCUCGCACAGAAUAACUGUUACACAAGGCACCUAUCAAAGAUUUUGAUUAACUUAGCGUGGUGUUUGCAAGAGUGUGUUUCUACUUCUGGUGUGCCACCAUCUUCUUAUACGAAGGCUAUUAAUGCAACAUACAUCUCAUCCGUAUUUCUGAAGUACUUGAUUGAAAAUGCCAAAACUGACACUUUUGAGGAGUUGUGCUUGUCCCUAGACCAGAGUGAAGCAGUGCCGAGUAAUUUCUCACAAGAUGAAAACAUUGGAAGUCUUGUUAUGCGAAGUGCGCUUAGCUUCAUUGGCAAAGUAGACGUAAGCCCCAAAACCUAUCUCUUACAUCACGAACUGCUUAACUUCAUGCUUGUGGCCAUGUCGACUCAGCUUCUUUCUGGGCCAUCUCCUGAGCCAAAGGAUUUUCACCCAUUUAUUGAUGCAGCAAUGGUUCAGGAAACUUCUUUGGUUGGUUUGGUUGUUCGGAAACUUCUGUUUAAUUACAUCUCCCGGCCUCGCUUCACAUCAAAUGCUGCCUCUUAUGACGUGUUUUCUGAAGGAAAUCAACCAGGUGUUCUUCAGAGAGUUAGUUCUGCAGCUGCAAGUUUUGUGCUAUUGCCAUUUAGUUUCUUUGUCAGUUCGAGUGGUGAAGCUACUAGAAAUCCAUUGGUAUACAGCAGUCUGCAUGUGUUACUUAUUCUCAUUCAUUACCGUAAAUGUGUUUUGGAGACUGUUAAAGAUAGAAGUGAUGACAGUGCCAGUUCACUUCCCAAAGAAAAUUCAUAUUUUUCUGAAAACCCCUACUACAAGGCCUUGGAAAAUGCCAAGGAUGUCGACUUUGAUCGCAUCGAUAUUGAGGGGAAUGCACACAGUGGCCCUCUUGUGAGAUUACCUUUUGCUUCCCUCUUUGAUACUCUUGGCAUGUACUUGGCUGAUGAGACUGCUGUCUUGUUGCUUUACUCAUUGGUGCAUGGGAACUCAGAUUUUCUAGAGUAUGUUUUGGUGCGAACAGAUUUGGACACGCUGUUGAUGCCCUUGCUGGAAACACUGUAUAAUGCUCCAAAGAGGUCAUCCAAUCAAAUCUACAUGGUGCUGAUUAUCCUCCUAAUACUAAGUCAAGACUCCUCUUUCAAUGCCAGCAUUCACAAGCUGAUAUUGCCUAGUGUUCCAUGGUACCAAGAACGCCUCCUCCAUCAAACGUCUCUUGGUUCCUUGAUGGUCAUAAUUCUGAUAAGAACCGUCAAGUACAACCUAUCCAAGCUCCGAGAUGUUUAUCUCCACACAAACUGUCUCGCAACUUUGGCCAACAUGGCACCGCAUGUUCACCGUUUGAAUGCAUAUGCAUCGCAGAGACUUGUUAGCCUUUUUGAUAUGCUGUCCCGCAAGUACUCCAAAUUAGCGGAGCUGAAAAGCAAUAAGAUACAAAUAGGUAACAGUGAAUCAAGAGGAGACAACCUUCCAGAAGAUAUGUCAACAGAAUUGCAUAUCUAUACUGAUUUCCUGAGAAUCGUUCUGGAAAUAUUGAAUGCUAUUCUGACUUAUGCUCUGCCACGUAAUCCUGAGGUUGUAUAUGCGAUUAUGCACAGACAGGAGGUCUUUCAGCCUUACAAGAAUCAUCCGCGCUUUAACGAGCUGCUUGAGAACAUUUUUAACGUCUUAGAUUUUUUCAAUAGCCGCAUGGAUGCCCAAAGAACGGAUGGCGAAUGGUCAGUGGAGAAAGUCCUCCAAGUGAUAAUCAUCAAUUGUCGAUCUUGGCGGGGUGAAGGCAUGAAGAUGUUCACUCAGUUGCACUUUACAUACGAACAAGAAAGCCAUCCCGAGGAGUUCUUCAUUCCUUAUGUGUGGCAGCUUGCUUUAUCUCGCAGCGUAAUCAGUUUUGAUCCCAGUAGCAUAAACCUGUUCCCUGUUGAUCUGCCUGCAGAAGAUAAUUAUCUGGGAGAAGAAGCCGACAAGGAUCAAAACGGCGAGCUGAAUGGGCAUCCUGUUCGCAUUGACCUAUCAGAACUGCAAUAGUGUGAAUCCCACCUGAAAUCGAUCAGGUUUCUCAGUGAAUAUGUAUAUAUAUAAAUGAUAUAUACGAUGUAUUCUUCUCAUUCUUUCAUGUUCAUACGCCUAAGAGACUGCAGAUGACCCCUUUUUUUGUGUAUAGUUGAACUUGAAUGUAUCACGACCGGUCACAAAUAAGAGAGGUUACCUCAAAAUCCAGUUUUCCUA